AUGUCUGAACCAAUCAACCCCAACAUGGCACUCCUGCUGGACGCAGGCAUUGUUUUCCGCGCGAGAACCCAGGCGGACGGAAUGCCCAAGUAUGACAGCAAUCGGAUGAAGCUCUUGAGAGUCCAACUGAAAACACCCCUCUAUUUUGACGAGUGGUGCAAGGAUGUUUCUCGAGUCCUCAAGCACUGGAACUUGGAAGCCUUGAUCAACAAGGAUAUUCUUCGUCCUGAUGAAAAUACCCCCGAGUUCGUCAACUGGGAGGAGGCAUCCAAGGGUAUCUUCAAAUGGCUGUGCGAUAACAUGGACGCCCAGCUUGUUGACUUCGUCCAGAACGGUUAUGGAAGAUCCGUUUAUGCGGAUGAGUUCAUGGCUCGUGUCAAGCUGUGCUUUUAUGAUUAUGAUCAUCGCUGUGAUAUGAAUGAGAUGAUUCGGGCUUUGAGUCGGGUUACCCAUUGCAAGAGGCACACUUUUGACGAUGCGGAAAGUUUCAUCCGGGAGCUCAUCAAUCGCUUCUGGCAUACCAAGUUGUACAAGUUGGAGAUGCCGGCUUUUUUGCCGCUUUCCAUUUUGGUUGAACAACUGAAGCAUGAGAUGCCUGAUAUCAUUGCUCGGUUGGUUCGGAAGGUGUACAAUAUGCCGUACCCAGCCCAGUAUCUCACCUCGGACGACUUCCUGGAAGUGUGCUAUGACAUCCAGGAUUACAUUGAGUCGUCUGAGGGUGAUGAGAAUUCCGAAUUAGCGUCUGCGAACUCUGGAAAUGAGGACAAUAACUCUGAAGUGGGAGACGAAGAAGACGAUGAUGAAGAUGAAGACGAUGAUGAAGAUGACGAUGAGGAAGAAGAAAGUGACCCCGAUUAUGUGGGAGGCAAUGAGCCUGAUGACAUUUUUGACUCGGGGUCGGAGUCCGAGGAUCUUGAACAGGAGGCUCAGGACUUGAUGGACCUGAGCUCCUAA